AUGGGAAGAUCAAGAUCUCGUUCGCCAGUUUAUAAUAGAAGAAGGUCAGUUAAGAGAUUGAAUCGAAUCGAUUCAAAAUAAGAAGUAUUUAAAAAUGGUUGUUUGUAGAUCGCCAGAUGUUCGUCAAUCUUCUUUCCGUGACAGAAAAGAGAGGAGCCGUUCGCCAAUUCGGAAAAGAAGUCGUUCGCCAUUAAGAAGAAGACAUUCACCGGAACCAGCCAAAAAGUAUGCUUGAAAUUAUUGAUUAUUUUAUGAAGUUUGGAUUAUUUUAGGAUCAGCUGUGCUGAAUGUCGUCACAGUUAUACAACUGUUCGAGAACUUGUUGAUCAUGAAGUUCGUCAACACGAUAUGAGAAUUCGAUGUGCUCAUUGUUCAACAGUGAGUUUUUCUGGUUCUGCUGUGCUGAAUUUUAGCUAUGACGUGGCGAAAAUUCCAAAAAACUAUAUCAGAAAUGUUUCAACAUGUUAAUUUCAAUCCUGAAAACGAUGAAAUCAGGAAUUCGAAAUUUUUAUUCUGAAAAUGGAGCAGAUUCUGAAAGAACAAUGAAAAUAAGCUUUUUUUUCUGAUCCUAAGUUUUCUGAUUGAUCAUCAAAUUUUGUAAGUAGGUCAUAAUUUUUUGUUAGCAAAUUGACUAGAAAUAAUUUUUGAAAUUUCUCUAUUAUAUAUUGUUUGUUUCAGAAAUGUCCAUCUGUCGCUGAAUUGGCUGAUCAUAUUAUGGAUGAGCACAAACACAAACGAAUCAUUUGCUAUUAUUGUAGCCGUGAUUUCGGUGUCACAUCAGACAGAGCAUCGAAAACCGAGUGGAGCGAUUUUCGUGCGCAUGUUUAUAAGGAGGUUGUCACCAAACAAGUCAACAAAUACAGUGAAAAAGUGAUGGGCGAAGAAGUGACACAUCGUGGAAAAGGAAAUUGUCCACAUGGACCACCAGUCAAGUGCAAGUAUGUUAACUGCUUUUUGUUGAAAUGAGUAUAUUUCAAAAAACAAUUGUUUUGCAGGAACUUUCCAAACUGCCCGGGACGUUAUUGCUACUUCUCGCAUCCACUUUGUCGUUUCAACACUUCUUGCGAUAAACAAUCGUGUGUUUAUGAUCACUCGGAUGUUCCAAGAGUUUGUCAUGAUUGUCAAAACAGAGUGAGUUGGGAUUUUUUAGAACAUUUUUUUCCAAAAGUUCAUAAGAUAAUUUUUUUCAAGUAAAAUCCGUACAAAAACUCAAGAUUUUAUUUUUCAUUAAUUCCGGUGUCUUCAUUGAAAAUAUUAAAUGCAAAAUUUUUAAUGAGAAAACAUUUAGUCCACUCCACUGAAGAUCUUUUUGAAACUUUGUUCAAAAUUUUAAAGAACCCGUGAAAAUUAAAACAAUAACCAUUUUUCAACCCCGUCUUCUAAUAAUAGUUCUUUGUUUUUCCUACUUUGAAAAAUUAUAUUUUUUCCAGAAAAGACAAAGAAGAUAUUAA